AUGGACACCAACACUAGUUCCUACACUCCCUUGCCCUCCGGAACUCCGGCGACUCCCCGGAGACCCUUGAAGGGUUUUGCCGUGAUCUUUGCCUCCGUCAUUUUUCUCAUGUCCUUGGUCGCAUUAAUCAUCAAUCAAGGGCCACCCCAACAAGAUGGUCACCACCAUAAAAAACAGUCAGCUUCUACUGCUUCAUCAGAGACGAUGUCGUAUUCAAGACUGCCUAGAGGAAUAGCACAAGGAGUCUCCGCCAAAUCUAACCCAUCUUUUUCCGACGAAGCUUCUUAUAAUUGGACCAAUGCUAUGUUUUCUUGGCAAAGAACAGCCUUCCAUUUUCAACCAGAACGUAAUUGGAUGAAUGAUCCUAAUGGUCCAAUGUUUUACAAGGGAUGGUAUCACCUGUUCUACCAGUACAACCCGGACUCUGCUGUGUGGGGCAACAUCACGUGGGGCCACGCCGUGUCAAUAGACCUGAUCCACUGGCUCUACCUUCCGCUCGCGAUGGUCCCCGAUCGAUGGUUCGAUGCGAACGGCGUGUGGACUGGGUCUUCGACCAUCCUACCCGAUGGCCAAAUCGUAAUACUAUACACUGGCAGCACCAAUGAGUCUGUGCAAGUACAAAAUCUUGCCUACCCUGCCAACCUAUCUGAUCCCCUCCUCCUCCAUUGGGUCAAGUACUCGGGUAACCCGGUCCUAACUCCCCCACCCGGAAUUGGAUCUACGGAUUUCCGUGACCCGACAACCGCGUGGAUUGGGCCCGAUGGCCUAUGGCGAAUUACCCUCGGGUCAAAGGUCAAUAAAACUGGCAUUUCAAUUGUCUACACCACCGCUAAUUUUAUAGACUACGAGCUAUUGGAGGGGGUUUUGCAUGCGGUCCCGGGUACGGGUAUGUGGGAGUGUGUGGACUUUUACCCGGUUUCUAUAAACGGGUCCAAGGGUUUGGAGACGUCCGUGAAUGGCCCGGGAGUUAAGCACGUGCUGAAGGCCAGUUUGGAUGAUAAGAAAAUGGAUUACUAUGCAAUUGGGACUUACUUUGUGGAGAACAAUACGUGGAUACCUGAUGACCCGAAAAUAGAUGUGGGUAUCGGGUUGAAGUAUGACUAUGGGAGAUACUACGCAUCAAAGACAUUUUAUGACCAGAACAAGGAGAGAAGGAUCCUGCUUGGUUGGAUCAAUGAAACUGAUACUGAAACUGACGACUUGGAAAAAGGCUGGUCCUCCCUUCAGACCAUUCCAAGGUCUGUGCUGUUCGACAAUGCAACUGGAACCCAUUUGCUUCAAUGGCCAGUGGAAGAGAUUGAAGACUUGAGAUUAAACAGUACAGAGUUUAGCGAUGUCUUGGUUGAGGCAGGGACGGUUGUGCCGCUUGAUAUUGGAACAGCUACACAGCUGGACAUAUUCGUCGAAUUUGAAUUAGAUGUAUUGGAAACAGAGUGUGUAAAUGGCAGUGUAGGUUGCGGUGAUGGGGCUACAGAUAGGAGCACAUUGGGACCAUUUGGCAUUUUGGUCCUUGCAGAUGAGACUCUUUCUGAGCUAACCCCUGUUUAUUUCCGAGUUUCCAACUCCACCGAUGGGGAUGUCACGACUUAUUUCUGCGCCGACGAAACAAGAUCUUCUAAGGCUCCUGAAGUCUACAAAACAGUUUAUGGAGGCCAAGUUCCUGUGUUGGAUGGUGAAACAUAUUCUGCCAGAGUAUUGGUUGAUCAUUCAAUUGUGGAAAGCUUUGCACAAGGAGGUAGGACGGUGAUUGCGUCGCGGGUUUAUCCAACGGAAGCAAUCUAUGGAGCAGCAAGGCUAUUUUUGUUCAACAAUGCAACUGGAGUGAAUGUCAAGGCCACCCUCAAGAUUUGGCAACUCAAUUCAGCCUUCAUUCAUCCUUUCCCAUUAGACCAGAUUUGA